AUGGAUCGAUUAACUCAUGCAGUUCUUAAAGAAACAUCAAAAAAUUUAAAGUAUUACAUUGACGUUAAACGAAGAGAAAAUGCGUUUAUUUUAAAUCCAAAUAGUCAAUAUGAUUGUCUACCAUUGAGAGCUCGUUCAAUAUAUGGAACUACCAAAGAAUAUCCACCUCUUUAUGGUUCAUGUUUCAGUGAUAAUGAUGUUAAAUCGCACUUAAGAACGUGGAAACCGCAACGUCUAGCGUCAAAAAAUGCAGCGGAAAAGAAAAUGUGUCGAGAAGAACUUAAUUUUCAUAUGAAAGCCUACAAUUUUAUGCCGUCUGAAAGUCCAAAGUUUGCUGACCUUCGUUUAAGACCCUUGAGAUCCAAUUCUUCUUGUAGUUUAAAUUCCAGUUGUGUGAAUAAUCGAGAUAUUAUGCAUAGGAGAAUUUCAAAUAAUUUGCUUUUAAUUAAGACAAUGGUUAAAAGUCGUCGAGCGUAUUAUGAAGCAUCGCUAUCUCAAAAGGACAAUCCUGUCAUCAACCAGACGAAUUUGAAUGAUAUUUCGGGACAGCACAAGGAAACUGUUGGUUCACUUCGAACAGAAACACCACCUGCUGAUAAAUAUUCUAUUACAAGGAAAGAAAAUAAGAAUAAGAAGAAAAGAGUCACAGAAAAUAUUUUAGCUAAAGCAGCUUCAAUAAUGAGAAAUGCAACUCGUAUAACGAAAGGUUAUUUAUGUGAAUAUAAAAUAUCAAUUACAACCGGAUCAUGCAAUGGAGCGUCAACAGAUGGACCUAUUAGAAUAAUGUUAUAUGGUACAAACGGAACAAGUGGAUUUAUCAACCUUUCGCAAUCCGAUUCACAUCGAGUCCCAUUUCUUAAAGGACAAACCGACAUUUUUCCUGUAAAAACAUAUUAUGUUGGUGAAUUGGUUGGUAUAACUAUUGGGCAUGAUCGAAAAGAUAUGAGAUCUUCUUGGUAUUUGGGUGAAGUAACAAUAGAUGAUCCCGUUCGAUUUAUGACGUACUACAUUCCUUGUAAUGGUUGGUUAUCGAGUAAAUCCGUUGAUCAAAAAACCUAUAGAGACUUUCAAGUGUCGAACAUUAUUUCACACAUGAGAAAGACAGAUGAAAAUGGACACUCAGCUCGUCGAAGAACCGAAACUGAAGAUGGCGAAAAUAGUUCAGUUUCAUCAUACAAAUCUGUUUCAACGUCAUCCACUACGUCAACUGACCAUGAUUCAGUACGAGUAACUGAGAAAACAAGACGCCGAAGUUCGGUCGCCAAGAUGGUUAAUGAUCAACAACCUAGUCAAACAAAUAGUGGCAACCAAGUAUCCUCAACCAAUGUAGAAACAUAUUCUGGUCAUGAUAAUACAUUGGAAUCACAAUUCAGAACAGAUAUUCGACAGCGAUCACCAUCAAUCUCUGCUGACAGUACAUCAUCAGUAUCAGAAAGGACCGUGACUCCUAUCCAAACAACAGCCACUGCAGCUGGACCAUCAAAAAUUGAAAUUGAGUUAAAUUCAAAUAUACUGUUAUCAAAACGACGUUCAAUUGAAAAUAUCCCUGUUACACCAACAACACCACCACGUCCACCUGCACGUCUUGAAAAACGUGAAAGUUCAAUUAGCUCGGUACCACAAACGCCUAGUGAAACGAAACAACAGAGUCGCUUAUCAACUACUAUGAAUAAAAUUACAACAAGUAAAAAUGACGAUGAUGUAUUAGGAUUUUUUGAUUGA